AUGUCUUCCGUUAUGAAACGAAAACAUAACGAUCAUGUGGAUUGUGAAAGCGCAAAACGAGGUGUUUGGCUUGUAAAGGUUCCAAGGUAUUUAUCCGAAAUAUGGGAAAAAAAUGCUGGCCAUGAUGUUGGUCGAUUGGUAAUUAAGCCAUCAAAUGGGAAAACUGAUCUGAUAUUUAAGAGCAAUCCAAAUUUAGUAGGAAUUGGUGCAGCAGGACAUGAUAAGGAAGCAGGUCCAUCAUAUUUAAAAAGUACAGUUUCUGCCACUAAUUAUUCGGCAACACAAGCUAAUCGGUUGGGCAUAUCAAAAAGCAAGUCAGAAUGUUUGUCAACUCCAAAUGAACACAGUCUUGUUAUGGGAGACAUCAGGAAUCAGUCGCUAGCUGUACUUUGUGAAGAUAAAACUGGCAUGAAUGAAAAUUCUACCAUUCAGUCUGGUUGUUUAAGUAUUGAAGGACGUGUAGUAAAAAGAGCUGAUUGUCGGCCUCCACAAACAGCAGAUUAUAUGCGAAUGAAGAUAAAACAGAUAGAAAAGAGUAGUCAGCCAAAAAGACAUGUGAAACAAAUGGAAAAAGCAGAAGUGAAGUUCAAGCCUAUCGCUGCUCAUGCAGAAAUGCUAAUGAAAGAAAAACAAAAGAAGGAAGGAGCAAAAACCGUCCGUGCUGACAAAGACAUUGUUAGGCAAGCGAUCUUCCAUGCUUUUGAGAAACAUCAGUACUAUCGACUGAUCGAUUUGCAAAAACUGACCAACCAGCCACCGGGAUAUGUAAAGGAAAUAUUGACAGAAAUUGCAAUCUAUAAUACAGUACCACCGCACAAAUCGAUGUGGGAAUUGAAACCAGAAUACCGAAGUUAUCGCCGAGAUAAAAAUGCAUAA